AUGUGGAGGACAGCAGUAGGAAGCUACUUCGGUGGUAAGAGCGACACCAAGGAAGACGAGGAGACAGCUGCGGCUGAUGAUAAGCCAAAUAAUGAAGCAGCAGACGCAAACCCCAGGGAAGAGCAGAACGAAUCCCAAGGGGAACCCAAUGAGGAGGAGGGUCCCAAGCCAACUACAACUCGAAGGGGAAGGCCUUUCACAAAGAAAGGGACCAAGGGUCAGCCUACUAGCCAGGGUGCAAAAGGGGCAUCGGAAAAUAAAGAGGCGCCUGAUGAAAAAAGUAAAGUUGGUAGCGGUGACACCAGUACUGUUGGUGGAAGUGAAGCAAACCAGGGCGACGUCAACGAAGCCAGCGAUCCAAAGGAAAAGAGCGGGGACGCAGGCGAGAAUGCGCAUGAGGCCAUAAGUGUGAAAAAGAGAAGAAACAGUAAAAAGGAGGAGGAGACACAAUCGAAACCACUGCAACAGGAAUCGCCGCAUGAAGCGGAAGAGGGCGCGAACGAGGCAAAUAAUGCGUCAGACGAAAAAAAGGCAAAAGAUAAAAUUCGAGAAAAGGCGAGCAGUGACCUACAGGAAAAGAUGAAAAUAAUUAAAGAGAAACUCAAAUCGAGCGAGCGCAAUCAAGGGGCAAGCAUGGAAAAGCACCAGGACAAAGACGAGGAACGCAGCAAAAGAAAGCACAAGGAUGUGCCAUCAGAUAGUGACGAUGGCCACUCUUCUAAAAGAAAGAGGCGAAGCGGAGAAAGGGGCAUGGAUGAGAGAGGAGAAAAUGUAAGUAGGCACCGACAUAGGAGCAGAGAAAGAGAGAGGAGCGAAGAAGGAGAUAGAGACAGAGAUGGGGAUAGAAGCUUAGAAAGAAUGCGAAGCAAGGAUCUGGCCAGGAGCAGAGGCAGGCACCGAAGCAGAAGUAGACAUCACAGUAGAAGCAGAUACAGGAGCCGAAGUAGAGGAAGACACCGCAGUAGAAGCAGAAGCAGAGGUAGGCAUAGAAGCAGACACCGAAGCAGAAGAGGAAGAGAUAGGAGCAAAAGGUUAAGUAACAGUGAUAGCGACAGCAGCAGUGAUGAGAGACAUCACCGUCACCAUCACAAGUCUAGAAGGAGAAGAAAAAGAGGUUCCAUAAAUAGUAGUGAUAGAGAACAUUCCAGUGGAAGCACAGGAAAUAGAAAUGGAUAUGACAGGAAAGACAGAUCAUCUUCUAGCGACAGAAGAAGUAAAGAAACUAGGAAAAAAAAAAAGACAAAAUGGGAUACUGUAGAUGAAAAUUUAUUGAAAACCCAUUUGUUAGAUAACAGUGCCAAUGGACUACUUCAACAGCAGAAUUUAGCACUAGCUAAUGGUUUGGGUCCAAAUAACAAAGUGGCCCCUGUAGCUAGAAAUCCUUACGAAGUGGAAGGAGAUAAAAAGCAAAGAAAAUUAUACAUUGGUAAUAUUCCUCCCAACUCCAAACAGGAAGAGUUAUUGGACUUUUUCAACAACACGUUAGGAUCCAUUAUAAAAGGUUCCAGUUUGGAAAUAAAAAUAGGAGACAUUGUAUUGAUGCCAAUAUUGAAGUGUGAAAUAUUUAACGUCGAAUCUAGGUUUUGUUUUCUUGAAUUUAGGAGCCUUGAAAUUACAUGGCUUUGUUUAAGGCUAGAUGCCAUUUCGUUUAAUAAUUUUGCCUUACGGAUAGCUAGACCACAUGAUUUCGUUCCACCCCCAGGAGGGGACCCAGCACUGACUGUCGUAUUUACAGAUAUCAACCACGAAGUAUUCGAAAUGGUCAAGCCGAUAAAAAUCGCUCCUGUAAGAAGUACAGGAGAUGAUGAUAACAAAUUAUAUAUACAGAAUUUGCCCCAUGAUUUGAGAGAUGAUCAGAUAAGAGACCUUCUACAGCAGUUUGGAAAACUAAAAGGAUUUAACGUUAUAAAAGAUCAAAAUACUGGAUUGAAUAAAGGCUAUGGCUUCUUUGAAUAUGAAGAUAGUAAUUGCACACCUAUUGCCAUGCACGCUUUGAAUGGCUUUGUGUGUGGGCAGAAUAUACUUAGCGUAAAAAAAGCUACAUUCGGAAAAAGCCAAAAUAGUAGUACGCAAAAUGCAAACACCAUAACUUUGGGAAGUGGCAGUAACGAUUUGCCAGUGUCACUUUUGCCAAAUUCCAUUUCGCAAAGAAUUCUGAGUAAUUCCCUCAUAGGCUUGCAAAUUCAGGCUUCCAGAAAAAUUGGUGAAAAAUCCUCUCGAGUGGUUCAACUCACCAAUGCUGUUUUUCAGGAGGAUUUACUUAUAGAUAGUCAGUAUGAAGAAAUAUUAAGGGAUGUUAAGGAAGAAGCUGAAAAAUAUGGGCCCCUUCAAAAUAUUGUAAUUCCCAAACCAAAUAAGGAUUUGUCCUACACGGAAGGUGUCGGAAAAAUUUUUCUUCAUUACGCAGAUGAAACUACGGCCAGGAAGGCCCAGUAUAUGCUUAACGGGAGACUGUUCGAGAAGAGAGUAGUAUGCGCUGCGUUUUACUCAGAGGAGAAGUUCCUUGCGGGAAAAUACGUCCUCUCAUAG